AUGACCAACGAAGGCCACACAACAGACGCCACGUGUCAUGAGCAGAAUCACUUAUCGCAUCUCCUCUCUCUCAUAUUUGAAGACCACACACACACACACGCAGUGGGUGAGAGAGAUAGAGAGAAGAAAAUGAUGCUUUCAUCGGUGACGUUGAAACCUGCGGGUUUCACGGUGGAGAAGAUGUCGGCGAGAGGAUUGCCGUCGCUCGCAAGAGCUUCUCCUUCCUCCUUGAGAAUCGUCGCGAGUGGCGUCAAGAAGAUCAAGACCGACAAGCCAUUUGGAGUUAACGGCAGCAUGGACUUGAGGGACGGCGUCGACGCCUCCGGCAGGAAGGGCAAGGGAUACGGUGUUUACAAAUUCGUCGACAAGUACGGAGCUAACGUCGAUGGAUACAGUCCUAUUUACAACGAGGACGAGUGGGCUCCAGGUGGUGACGUGUACAAGGGUGGAGUCACCGGGUUGGCAAUUUGGGCGGUGACACUCGCCGGAAUUCUCGCCGGAGGAGCACUGCUUGUCUACAACACCAGUGCCUUGGCUCAGUAG